AUGAAUAAUUUGAUACUGUUAAGGACAAUUUGUAAGAGAUGGGUACAUAAUGAUUCAAUAAUAUCAUUCAUUCGAAAUAACGCAGCCAUAUCCCAAUCGACAGUGUUUCAAGGAACUUUAUAUGAGCUGACAGUAUUAAGAGAACUUGCUGAGAAGCUUGGUAUGACAAGUUUAGAAAAAGUUGGCGGUGCACAUGAUGGUGGUGUUGAUAUAAAGGGUACUUGGCCCAUCUCAAAUCUAUAUAAGAAACUAGAGGCAAUUACACAUAUCUCGGAUGAGCUUAGUACCAUUCCUAAACGUUCUAAAGUUAAUGGUAGAGUAUUUAGACCAUUGAUACAUCGAAUAAAUGAUGACAUUUUACUGGGGAAACAGUUCGCACCAUUAAAAGUUUUAGUACAAGCUAAGGCAUUCCGCACUACAAAGGUGUCACCAAAGGAACUAAGAGAACUAGUAGGUACCUUUUCCUCAAUGGUUCCAGACACAAAAAGGAAUUCAACUAUUAUAUUAAUGUGUUCACCACAUAUGCUGACGAAGGAUAGUCUGAAUCUCAUUAAUAAUGUCAAAUUACCUUUGAUUUAUUUACGAAUAGAAAUGUUACGAUCACUAAAUGAUGGAAGUUAUGAUAUCGAGAAAUCGGGCACAUUGUUGAAUUACUAUGAAAAUGAAUAUGCUUCAAAACUUUUGGAAGGUUUAUCCAUACAAAGAUGGCUAACUCUAAAACUAUAUGAUGUGAAUCAAAAAUUUGAAAUUGCGGUGGACGAAUAA